AUGAUGGUGGCACGCGUGAAAGCAGACGAUCGAGUUGUACGGAGUGAACCACCCACUUAUGUGUCCAUCCAUGUGAACAGAUUACAGUGCUUUGAUUCUUUUCUGAAGCCGAUUAAUGAUCAAGUGUUUCAGCCUCGGGAAGACACGUUCACCCGAACGGUCUCCUCCCAGUCACUUCUGAAUAACGACCGUCUUGAGGAGCUUGCACAGAUGAGCCUGUAUGAUAGGACCCUUCACAUGUUGGCAGUAGACCCUAUGUAUCAGAAAGAGGUAGCACUGGGGAAACGAAUAGGCUUUUAUCGACUAGGCAAAGAGCUGGGUGCCGGAAAUUUCUCCAAAGUGAAAUUAGGAAUACAUGUGCUCACCAAGGAAAAAGUUGCCGUAAAAAUUAUGGAUCGAACAAAAAUGGAUACAAAAGCGCAGCGAUUACUCGAAAGGGAGAUUAAAGCCAUGGAACGAAUGCACCAUCCCAACAUCAUCCGACUUUUCGAGUGCGUGGAAACACUCACAAGGACACAUUUGGUGUUAGAAUAUGCAGGUGGUGGUGAACUUUACGCAUACGUUCACGAACGAGGGAAACUAUCAGAACACGAAGCAAAACCACUGUUCGCACAGAUUGUAGCCGCUGUCUCACAUAUGCACAAGAAUAACCUUGUUCAUCGAGAUAUCAAAGCCGAAAACAUCAUGUUCUCAGCCCCUGGAGUCGUGAAGCUUGUAGACUUCGGUUUUUCCUGUAUGCUACCGUCAGCAGCUGAGCAGCUCAAGACAUUCUGUGGUAGUCCUCCUUAUGCAGCACCUGAGUUGUUUCGUGACGAAAGCUAUAAUGGUCCCAAAGUCGACAUUUGGGCGUUGGGUGUGUUACUUCACUUCAUGUUGAUCGGUGUCACGCCAUUCCGUGGAGAGACGGUACCAGAAUUGAAAUCGGUGAGUGUCCAGAUUACUAUCAUACACAUAUCUAUGCCACUGUGGAGAAAAAAAAUCGGAGAUUUCGAAGAAGGUAAGCAGUCAAAAGAUGAGGAUACUACUCAAAAGAAAAUCCGAACUUUUAUGCUUGAAGAAUCAAAUGAAUUGGGCCCACGAAAUUCGCUGAUCGGGACUUAUCGUAUCGUACAGUAUCAAGUCCAGACAGCUCCCAAAGAGCCGGUAUGUCAUUCAACAAUCCCAAGGGAAACUUCGGAGCGAGUGAGGCAGCUGAAGAACAAAAGCAAGACGUGUGUAAUUGUAUAG